AUGAGCUGCGGCGCGGGGGCCGCGGAGGGCAGUGAUGAUCGCAGUGUCUCUUCAGAAGAAAAAGGUUGCCCUAGCCCCAACCUAGAUACUUCAAAGGACUCUAAAUCAGGAGAGGACAGCAGUUCCGAGAGCAGUUCUGACAGUAGUGACUCCGAUAACGAGGAGCCCAAAACAGAAGAGACAAAUGAGGAACUGGGAGAGGCUUCCGCCGAGGGCGCUUCCGCUCAGGCUGAAGAAUGGGGAGACAAAGAAACACCCACAGAGCAUUUUAAUUCAGAAUGUAUUAAAAUUGAACCUCACUGUCAACACUGUAAUGCUGAAAAUAAACACAAUGAACAAGUGACUCCUAGACGCCUUUCCGGGGGACAGUUUUUGCUGAAGGUGGACACGGAGGGAGUGUACGAGUGCACGGAAACGGGUCUGAUCUUUGAGGUUAACAGGAAAGUUGACAUCAAGUAUUGCAUCUUGUCCUGGAGCAAAUACGCAGACCUGGUUGUCAAGCCCUGGGCUGUUGGGGGACCCAUGUUUGAUGUCAAGUGUGACCCAGCCUGUCUUACCUCCAUUCAGUUUCCACAUUCCCUCUGCCUGGGCCGCCAAGAUGCCAACAUGACAUUCCGAGUCUUACACGUUAAAAAUUCCGAGGCCUCAUUAGAAUGCGCUGUGGACCAUUCUUCGACCCACGUGAAAUGGCACGUGAGCUCUCUUUCUCCCGUGGGACCUGUGAUUCAAAGCGAAGAAACGUUGUACCACCACGGGGCUGUGAUUCUGUACAAAGUCAUCGACCAGAAUCCAUCCUUAUCUUUCCGGGUGUACAUAGCAACCAACAACGAGUCCUUCAUCAAGGACAUUGCCAAGGCUGUCAAGCACUCCUCUAAGAAAUUCAUGAAGAUCGACAAGCCUCCGGUGUGCCUCAAGUUAUUGCAGAACGGGAAGAAGUACAGACUGGUCAGUGAACCGGAAGCUGACAUCACCCCCGAGGAAAUUGAAUUUGUGGAUGGUUCCACUUUAAAACUGAAAAGUUAUAUUGAAGUUUAUUUGGAGCAACCAAUGGAGUUUAAAUUACUGUUGGUCGAAAUGGAUUCUGACGAGAUUGUGUGGAAAGCCAAACUGAGAGAAUGUGACUGGGUUCAACACGAACAGAGUCAGAACGUUUCCAAGAGCAGCACAAGUGGUAAAAGGCGGCGUAAAGUAAGUAGCACUCUGCCUGAAGAGGAAGUCAAUGCUAAAAGGCUGAAGCAGGUUGACACGUCAGAUGCAGCAAAGACCCCACUAACAGACGAUCAGUUGAUUACCCUUGCUGGGAAGUUGGGGAAGGAGUGGAUAAAAGUUGCCAUUGUCAACCUGGAGUUGGACAUCAGCGAUAUCGACGAUAUCCGGGAGAAGAAUGAAAAUGUGACGAUUUGUAAGUUUUGGAUGCUGAAGAAGUGGCAGGAGAAGGAGAAGAGCAAUGCCACAGUCCAGAAUUUACAUAGCUGCUUGAAAAACGACUCGGCGGAAGUCCAGGAUGUGCUGGAAGGUUUCUUAUAG